CAUGGAUGAGUUGUAUAAGUCCCCUCGUGAUGGGUGCACUAAAAAGUUUUCUUGUUCUUUUUGUCUUCUUUGCUUGUGUCCAUGGCACGCUUUCUAUCUGGGGUGGGCGUAAGCCCCCACCGAAAGUACCAGCCUUUUGCAACAACCCACCAUUCUACGGUCCCUGUCAGCCAAUAACGAAAAACUGGUAUUUCAACGUGGCCGCAAAGUCUUGUCUGCCGACAAGUGCUGGCCUUUGCUGUGUUGCUGGCAACAACUGCUUUAUCAGAAAAGACAAGUGUAGCGAAAUGUGCGAGCGUCAACGAAAACUCUUAUCGUCGAAAGUGGCACUUCCGCAGAUGUGCGUGUCAUCUCCGACAUUUAUUCACUGUGGCCAACUGCGAAGCGCCUGGUACUAUGAUUCUUUUACCGGGAAUUGUAAAAUGUUCACAUUCAAUGUUUCAAGUUGUGGCACUGAACGCACUGAGGCCAACAUAUUUUUGUCAGAACUGAAGUGCCAGUCCACGUGCAUCCCAAAGAGAAAGCCCAGACCUAUGUGCAGCGAGGAUCCAGUGCCGGAUACAUGUUUCUUGCAUAGGAAGCACUGGCACUUCGAUUUCAGAAACAACGAAUGCAUUCGAUUUCCAAAGAAGGGUUGUGGAAAGGGAUCCAACAGUUUUUCGACAGUCGAAAAGUGCAUGAUGAGAUGCAGCUUGGACCAAGUCAAGCUGUUCCUCCAAACAUGCGCGGGCGCCCAGGAGCACAAGGUGCACCCGUCUUUGGCUCACCCGCGUCACCCAACGUUUCAAGCGGAGCCGGUAUUAUGGUUAACGGACAGCCCAGGCAUCCUGGCAUUUCUUCACACGGUAUGCUUGCCGGUGGGGGCUCAUCCAGCCCUCCCCGCUUCCAAACGCAAGGACAACCCUCAUUGCCGAAUACUUCAGGUGUAG